UCCCGCGGGGCCGGCCGAGAGGUUGAGGCCAGGCUAGGGGAAGGCGGCCGCUGCGGGUCCGACCACUCCUACACAUCCCCAUCCCACAGGGCGGGGUCAAAUUUGCGCCGCGGAGGCUUAAAAAGGGAAGGUCUCCGCCCCUUGCCCCUAGAUGGCUACCGAACCGUGGUUUUCAGGGUCGUCCCCGCUGGGCCCCGGAGAAACGCCAUCCCUGGACGACUUGAAACCUGGGCUACAGCCUUGCGGGGACCCUUCGUGGUCCACGCCACCUGGCAAACCUGAGGACCCACCGGCGACGGAGCCUGAGGAUGCCCAAGGACAGGUGGCAGUGGAGGCUGCAGGCCCCGAAUCAGGGCCUGCGGUUCCGCCCUCAGCUCGAUUGACCCUGGACGCAAUGUUCAGCCCCAUCACGGAGCAGCUCUGCUACCUGCUCAAGAAGGCAGACGAGUUCCAAAGCUACUUGCUCUAUAGCAGGGACCAGGUCCAGAAGGAACAGCUGGCAAGGGCCAUGCCCACCUUCUUAAGGAUGUGUGAACCAUACUUCCUCUAUUUAGAGGCCGCAGCAAGGAGCAUGCCUCCCAUCCAUGGAGCCCUGCAGGAGGUAGUCCGGAAAGGGCUGUUGGAGAUCUCCCAGCAGCUCACCCUGUGCCUGGAGCAGCUGGUCCUCAUGUACGCCUCCUGUGGCUUCGUGGAGCUGGAGGAGACCAAUCCCCUGAGCAUCUCCUGCUUCUUCUGUGGGAGAUUCUCCAUCAGCCCUUUCCAGGAAGUGUCCAUCUUCAGAUACUGCACCCCAGCUGCCUACACUGCCAGCCGCCAGCCCCGAUACCUCUACAAGAAGAUGCGCUGGAACCUAGAAACUACUACAAAGCCCAGCAGCCAGGGGCAGAAUUCCCAUGUAGAUUACUACUUCCUGUGCUACCGAGACAUUUGGGAGGACACAGGCCAGAGUCCAGCCAAUUCAUGUCCCCAGAUCCAGAAGCUGUGGUCCAUCGGCCGAUGGGUAUCCCUAGGACCAGCUGAUGAUGACCUUUAUUCAUGGGUGUCAUGCCCGCAGCCGCCCGGAGACUACCAGCAGCUGUUGAUCAUCGGCUUCGAGGAGCCAUCCCACAUGCUGGCCACCGACCUGCUGCUGCAGGUGCUCACGGGCCAGGCCGGGCCCGAGCAGCCCCGGAGCGUCGCGGGGCCCUCCGGGUGGGCGGCGCAGGGGUCCUGAACCAGGAGCAGGGGAACAGGGCUUGCCAGCUCCGAACUACAGGAGCAGGGCAAGGUGUCGCUCCUGCUCCAAGGGCAGCCCAGCCUCGCCUUGCUCGGGCGGAGAAGAAGUGAGCUGUGGGCACCGAGUUUUGUGUUAAAUAAAAGAAAGAGGUCACAGGUUCCG